AUGACUCUUCGAGGACUCGAUUUGGAGCCAGACGAUCCGACCCGGUUAAGUUUUCGUCGACGGGUAACAUUUCUUCUAGGCGAUCGUUCUCUUCCUCUAGGUCCGUCCUAUUCCCCUGCGACUCUCCUCUCCAUCUGCUCGGCGUCCCAUUUGCAUGGGAAAAACUUCCCGGAGAACCCAAAGAGCUCUCAUGUCACCGGAAAACGGAAAUCAGCCAACAACCUCUUGCCUCUCCCUCCUCACCGGAGUAACUUCCUCCCGGCCGUCGGAAAACACUAUAGCCCCAAGAACACCCGCAAGAAGAACACGUCUUCGACGGCCAUGAAAGAUCCCUUUACGGCGGCGCUGGUGGAGUGUUCCAAAGGCGGCGCCUCCAUCUUAGACGGAGAACAUAUAGGCGGCGAAUCAAACAAGGCCUUGAGGAAGAACAGGAUUUGGUUAGUAAAUCUUUAUGCUUCUUGUAGAAGAGCUUGUGCAGUUUCAGAAUCCAUUGUUUGUCUUCCGAGGGCCGUUGACGGAGUUGCUUCUUACGAUCAUCUUCUUUUCACAAAUCGUCGUCGUCGCCGAUGA